GGCAAGUGAUAGCGCACUACGGGAGGCGGUGGUGCUGAUGUUGCCGGUCGCUUGCUCGCGUCAUCCAAACUGAUCUUGCAUUAUUCAUUAGACGGCGCGCGCUGUAAUUUUUGGCGUUCUCGCUGUUUUUCGGUGUUAGCGCGCUCCUCUACCUGUGCCAUUACCAGAAGCCGCGCGCUGUACAUUUUAACAGUGUCGGUUGCCGGCCCAUGUUAACCGGUGUUAUCUGUCAAGUAGCCAAAGCGUCCAACGUCGACAACAAACGUCCAUUUUCCUCAUCUCCUCUCGCCAACCGUUCCUUCGUCGAAUCUUGUCCCCUGUUUCGCCGUUGCAGUGCUCUAUAGCUCUGGGCAAGUCGACAUGAACCCGUUUGCCGAGCUGUUCCACCGGAUCGCCCUACUCGUCCUAACUCCCAAAUGCUACCAAGUGUUUUUCUACGAUUUGGAUUUCUUUAACGGUACUUGUAUAAGAUCUGCUCUCAGUAAAGGUCUUGGAUUUGGAAUAGUUGGUGGAUCUCUUUUAGUCAAACUUCCACAAGUUAUCAAAGUAUGGCAAAGCAAAAGUGCUGUUGGAAUUAGUUUGGUAAAUGUUUGCAUGGAUCUAUUUGCUGUCACAUCAAAUGUUGUAUACAGCUAUUCUAGUCAAUUUCCAUUUAGCUCAUGGGGUGAUUCAUUGUUCAUACUAUUCCAAACAUUACUAAUUGUAAUAUUAGUUUUCUACUAUAACAUAUCUAAGAGGGCGGCUAGUGCUUUCGCAUUUAUUUAUUGUUCAUUAUUGUUCCUUCUCGUAUCUGAUAUUGUACCAAAUUCUUUCCUCUGGAACGCACAGUUUAUCAGUAUACCAUUAAUGUUUUAUGGAAAGAUGACUCAAGGCUAUGUGAAUUUUCAAAACAAAAGCACAGGACAAUUGUCAAUGGCUACAUCCAUUCUUUUAUUUUUAGGAUCAUCUGUACGAGUAUUCACAUCCGUACAAGAAACUGGAGAUAACCUUUUAAUAUGGAGUUUUGCUCUUGCAUCUAUUGCUAACUUUAUAAUUGUUACUCAAUUUUAUUGUUAUAAAUCAGGGUCACCUGUUAAGACUAAAAAAAAAACAAAAAAGAGUAAAAGAGCAUAAAUAACAUAACCCGCUUGCCAUGUAUAAUUAAGAAUCGCAUAUUUUCAAAAUUAAAAUAGUCAGUAGAAAUAUUAAAACCCGGUUACUAACUCAUCUUUAAAGUCAUUUUUUGAAUCAAUAACGUAAGUGAUAUAUUUAUGCAUAAAUUCUUUCUAAAAAUAUUUAGAUAUUAAGACAAAAUCCUCUUUAUGUUUCGGGAAACUCUGUUAAGAUUUAAUUUUAGAUU